AUGAUGAGUGUGUCAGAGAGAGACAACCUCAAUGACACCAACGGCAUUCAGCAGCCGAAUGGCACAAACGGAUCGGCGCAAUUUCGCAAACGGUCGCGGGAGGGGACUGCUACUCAAUCAAGCGAAGUCUCGGGGGAUCUGACGUUGCGCACGCGCGAAACGCCCGUCGAGAAGAUUCUUCUCGAUCAAUUCGUGAACCGCGAGUUUCGCUAUUCGGCAGCUGCUGCCAGGGAUCAUCCAGCCCAAGAACUGCUGCUGCAAAAACGGGCCGAAAGGGAUUACUAUCUUUCCGUCCGUCGCGAAACACAUGGAAACCCGGCUGCAUUGUUCGGAGUUGGCUAUGAAGGUUUUGGGAACCCGCGGACUGAUACCCGGAAUCAACCCGCGCAGGUUUUAUACCCGGCUCAAAGGCGCCGACCUGGGAACCGCAAAGCGCGGGAACUCAAAGUUUCAAGACGUGAUAUGAAGAUUCAGAGCGAACAGAUUGAAGACUUGGUCCCGAUCAGGCUCGACAUCGACUGGGAAAAAGUCAAGAUUCGAGACACAUUUACUUGGAAUCUUCAUGACCGUGUUGUGUCUCCCGAUCUAUUUGCAGAAAAAAUGGUCGAAGACCUGGGACUCGCAUUGGAGACGUCGGGACCACUAUUGCGCAUGAUCUCUCAGAGCAUUCAAGAGCAAAUCAUGGACUACUAUCCACAAAUUUACGUGCAAGAAGCGCCCUUGGAUCCUCAGCUGCCAUAUACAGCUUACCGCAACGAUGAAAUGCGCAUUCUGAUCAAGCUCAACAUCACAAUUGGUCAACACACCUUGAUCGACCAAUUUGAAUGGGACAUCAAUGAUCCUCUGAAUUCACCAGAGGAAUUUGCAUUGCGAUUGACAGAUGAUCUCUCACUCUCGGGAGAGUUUACCACAGCCAUCGCUCACUCCAUCCGAGAACAGUCUCAACUAUUCACAAAGUCUCUGUACAUUGUCAAUCAUCCAUUCGACGGGCGCCCCAUUGAGGACCCCGAUUUGAACACAUCCUUCCUUCCUACUCCUGUUUCCUCUGCAUUCCGCCCCUUCCAAGCAGCCAAAGAGCACACCCCCUACCUGUACGAGCUCAACGAUGCCGAUCUCGAGCGCACAGAAAUUUCGAUCUCGCGUGAGCAGCGCCGCCAAAAACGGUCCAUCAACCGACGGGGAGGCCCGGCGCUGCCAGAUCUCAAAGACCGCCAACGAACUAUCCGCUCGCUCAUCGUCUCUUCUGUCAUUCCUAACUCCGCCGAGACUUUUGAGGAGAGCAACGUCAUUAAGCGGUCCGGCACCAGUCGCCGUCGUGGAAUGGCAGGCACUCGUGGCGAGGAAGAAUCUGACGACUUUGAGAGUGAUGAUUCUGAUGAAGGCUCCCCGGCCAUUGGACCUCAUCUCGCUCAGGGCACCGCCCGUACAAGGGGUAUGAGGGGCGCAGCCACAGCAGCUCAUGCGGCGCUGCGUGCCAGCCUGGGACAUUCGGCUACACCAGAACCCAUAUCGCAGGAGCCCACACGGGCGUCGCGACGUCAACAACUACGAGAAGAAAGUCUCGAAGAGCCCGAAAAACUCAUUGUUAAGUUCAAGAUCUCACGAGACAAGUUGGUCGAUCUUCGAAACGGGAAACGCAUCUUUGACGCUGCCGCACAGGCUGGAUCCAUGGCACCCCCAUCGGAGAAACAGAAACAGCACCACCCUCCGCGCCCACAGCAGACAGGAGCUGUUGACGCGCCGAAUCCGCCCCAGCAGGGUGUUCCUGGACCUCCUCCCCCUACCUGGCUCCAGGCUGGCCUGGCUAAGUUGAAACAAACACACCCCAACGAUUCAUUCGAAGGAGUGAUGCGUUAUUCAGCGGUGGAUACCGAGACCCUCGCACCUGUUUCAAAUCCGGCAAAUCUUCAACCUGGCCAAAAGAUCAAGUAUCAAUAUCUGCCUCGUAUUCGCUGCCACGACUGUCCAGGGAAACUGUACACGCCCGGGGCUGGCAUGACGGUCGACAACUUUGAAGUCCAUCUCCGCAAUCGUCAACACAAGGAGCGAGUCGAAGAUCGUAUCAACAGGGCUGAUAACAACCCACACCCACCCUCCGAUAAUGCAGGCAGCGCCGGUGUAAGCCAAGCAGCCGACGGAGCGAAUUCCGCCGACAUGAGUCCUGCGAUGGGGACCGCUUCGGUUCCCGGGGCUGCUUCAUCCUAG